GCCAGGUCUUCACCGCUGCCCACUCUCAUUAAUAAGGGCUGGCUGCAUUCAGCACUAGCUGGCAGAUGACAGCUCAGUUUCUUAAAUGGCUCAACACAGAGUGCAGUGCAAUGACCGGCAGAAAGAACUUCUCCUCUUCUCUUGCAGCAGGAAGCUUCCCAGAAGGAUGGCCUCCCUCUUGGAGCUGAAGGAAAUCUUCCGCAAUGCUGAUGCAGUGUGCUUUGAUGUGGAUAGUACAGUCAUCAAGGAAGAAGGAAUCGACGAGCUGGCGAAGUUCUGUGGAGUUGGGGAUGCUGUGGCAGAAAUGACUCGGAGAGCUAUGGGAGGCUCCGUGACAUUCAAAGCUGCUUUAACGGCACGACUAGGACUUAUACGUCCCUCCUGGGAGCAAGUGCAAAAACUAAUUUCAGAACAUCCUCCUCAGCUCACACCAGGCAUAAGGGAGCUGGUAAGCAGGCUUCACCAGCGAGGCAUCCAAGUCUUCUUAAUAUCCGGAGGGUUUCAGAGCAUUGUGGAGCACGUCGCUUUACAGGUACCUGUGAUUCUCUGCAACCCACUGAAGCAAUUGCACAUGCUGCCCAAGUAUCUAACUCCUCCUCCCCAUAUGUUUUUAGGAGAAUAUGCAGGGUUUGAUGAGACACAACCAACAGCUGAAUCAGGUGGAAAAGGAAAAGUUAUCAGUCAUCUGAAGGAACAGUUUCACUUUAAGAAGGUAGUUAUGAUUGGAGAUGGAGCUACAGACAUGGAGGCAUGUCCCCCUGCUGAUUGCUUCAUUGGAUUCGGAGGAAAUGUAAUCAGGAAACAAGUAAAGGAGAAAGCCAAAUGGUACAUCACUCACUUUGACGAACUGCUUAAAGAACUGGAAGAACGAUAAGUUAUACAGUAACAUAGUAUUUUUAUUAACAAUUAUAGUAGAUCAAUAUAUACAAUGCAAUUAAACAUAUUUUUGUUUGCACAA